CCUUGCUCGUCGUGGAACUAAAAGAAACCCUAGCUCCGUCCGUUUCUCGCGGUUAAAAUUAAAAUAUUAGGGCAAAAAUUCAAAAAUUGCCGAAAAUUAAUUGGGAAAAUUGUGGAAUCUAUUAGGGUUUCGAAUGAGAUAGCUCCGAUUCAAGCCCUAAUUUACCAUUCGGGUUUAUGAUCGACACGAUUCGUAGACGAAGCGAUUAUUAUUCGCGGUUCAAUCGGUUGAGAUCUGAGAAAUGUUUAUAUGCAUGUACAAUGAUGGAACAUGAAAAUUGGGGGUUUCUGGAUUGGGAGUUUUCGUUUGGGGAAGUCGAUGGAAAAUAGCUUAGAAAACGCACAUGGUACUGGAAUUCCGAAGAAAUCGAGAUCUUUGGAUCUCAAGAGUUUGUACGAAUCAAAGGUGUCCAAAGAGGUUCAGAAUAAGAGGUUAAAGAGAAAGGUCCGGGCAGAGGAUGGUGAUGAGCAGAGGAACGGGAAAAGAAAUAGGAAAAAGGUGUCCCUUAGUAAUUUCAAUAGUAUUCAUAGUAAGAACAGGAGGAGUUUGGAUGAAGUGUAUGAUGGUGGACUAGGUUCGAGUGGGCACGAUUCAAAGAAGGCCGUCAAGUUAGAGUCAAGAGAAAAGUUAAAUAGCAGUAGUGAGUUUAACAAAGUUCCACUUAUUUUGGACGAAAAUGUUAUGCAAAUCCCGAAGCGUAAGAGGGGUGUUGUUAGGCGAAAGAAAUCUCUUGAUGGUCAGAUUUUGAAGCCAUCUGUACAAUUGGAUGGUAAAGCUGGUAUUGUGGAUCAGAUUGCUAAAUCUAGUGCCAAUGAUUCAAGUGAUCAGCUGGAAUGCUGUAAGACGAAUAGAAAGUCAGGGUUUAAAGAUUUAAAAGAGAAAGGCAGAAAUGAGUUGAGCUCAACUCAGCAUCAGAAGAAGGAAGAUGGGCAUGCUGAUCAGUUGAUUAGAGAAAAUGAAUCAAAUUCAACUUUGCGAUCAAAGGAGGAAGGUGAGCAUAUCGAUCGUUUGGUUGUAAAGCCUGUCAGUCUGUCAUCUAAAAAACCACGAAGGAAUUCCAGGAAAAGAAAGAUUUCUGCAUCUGGGAGCAAAAGUUAUUCAAAGGAGGGUGAGGUAUCCAUUGAUUCUUCUACCAAGAAACGUGAUGGCUACCCGGAAGAUGAUGAAGAGAAUCUGGAGGAGAAUGCUGCAAGAAUGUUAUCAUCUAGAUUUGAUCCAAAUUGUACCGGGUUUUCAUCAAACACGAAGGGUUCAUUGCCACCAGCUAAUGGGUUAUCCUUCUUGUUGUCUUCUGGCCAUGAUAUAGUUAGUUGCGGUCUUAAGUCUUUAUCUGGUCCCCAAGUGCCAUCAGUUGAUGCUGCUGGAAGAGUAUUGAGGCCUAGGAAACAACGGAAAGAAAAGAAAAGCUCCCGGAAAAGGCGCCAUUUUUAUGAAAUUUUAUUUGGGGACUUGGAUGCUGUCUGGGUAUUGAACAGGAGGAUCAAAGUCUUUUGGCCUUUGGACCAAACCUGGUACUUUGGACUCGUGAAUGACUAUGAUAAAGAAAGGAAGCUUCAUCAUGUCAAAUAUGAUGAUCGCGAUGAAGAAUGGAUUGACCUUCAAAAUGAAAGGUUCAAACUGUUGCUACUUCCUAGUGAAGUUCCUGGUAGGGAAGAACGCAGGAAGUCAGCGAUGGGAAAUAAUUCUGUGAAUGAGAAAGGGAAAUCAAGACCCAGGAAAGGAAAAGAAAGCAGUGCUGUGAUUGCAGAGGAUGAUUGCAAUAUUGGUGGCUACAUGGAUUCUGAGCCAAUCAUCUCUUGGCUGGCUCGAUCUACUCAUCGUAUUAAAUCAUCUCCUUCUCAUAGUUCAAAGAGGCAGAAAACUUCUAGCCUAUCUUCAAAAUCAGGGUCGGAGGAAUUUGAAAAGCCAGCAAAUGUACGUCCGCCUUCAAAUUUCUCUUACUUCGGAAAGGAAAAAAUAGAAUUGGUUAAAAUUUCAGAAUUGCCAGAAAGAUUAGGUGAUAUGGAUGGGCUAGAGAAGUCUGCUUAUGAAAUCACCACUUGUUCUAAAACUAGCAAACUUCCUAUCGUAUAUUAUAGGAGAAGGUUUCGCAACAUAGGCACUGAAAUGUCCCAUAAAUGUGAGACAGAGUAUGCCUCUAGAAGAACUCGUUCUUCUUUUGCUUCAUUUUAUUCUAGUGUUGGUGAAAUUGAUGAUGUGGAAGAGCCAGAUAUUUCCCCAAAAAGGUCGGAAGCACACAGGCCAGUAUGGCGUGUUGAUGAUGCUGGGUUAUUACAGUUGGCUAUUCCAGGGAUGGAAGAGGGGCAGUUGAGGUUUGAGUUAAGCAUUCCAGAAUAUUCAUUCUGGAAUGUCACCUUUAGUGCAGAGACAUUCUGGUUAUUCCAUUUGGCGAUGCUCAUCCAAUAUGGCACAUUGACGUUAAUAUGGCCAAAGGUUCAAUUAGAGAUGUUAUUUGUGGAUAAUGUGGUUGGGUUGAGAUUUCUCCUGUUUGAAGGUUGCUUGAUGCAGGCAGUGGCUUUCAUUUUUCUGGUCCUGAAAGUGUUUCAGUCACCCAGUAAACAGGGAAGGUGUGCUGAUUUUCAGUUUCCCGUUACUUCUAUCAGGUUCAAAUUCUCAUGCCUUCAGGAUAUUGGAAAGCAGCUUGUGUUUGCUUUCUAUAACUUCUCAGAAAUAAAGAAUUCCAAGUGGGUUCACCUGGACUAUCGGCUGAAGAAGUAUUGCUUGCUCGCUAAGCAGCUUCCAUUGACUGAAUGCACCUACGAUAAUAUCAAAAGGCUUCAAAAUGGAAAAAGUCAGUUCCGUACGUCUCCGUUUUGUGGCCAGUCUUCCUCUGUCAAGGGCAUACAUAAGAUUAGUAGUCUUGGUAUCAACCUCAAAGGAUCGGCGUGCGUGAAUACUGGUCAUUCUAAUUUGUGUUCCAAUGAAAUGAAAAGAAACUUUCCUGCUUUUGCUCUUUCUUUUACUGCUGCACCUACCUUCUUUCUAAGUUUGCAUCUCAAGCUGCUUAUGGAUAGGUGUGUGGCUCAUUUAAGCUUGCGACGUCAUGAUCCAGUUGAGCAUCCAGAAAAUUUUGGUAGAUUGACUGUGGACGACAACAUGUGUACGGAUGACUGUGAUAAUAGUCUAAGUACCUCAUCAAAGGCAUCCGAUAGAUGGAAUUCUGGUGCUCGGUCAGAUUUAGGAACUGGUCUCUCUGAUUGUGAGGAUGGAGAUUGGGUACAGUCCUCCCAAUAUAAAAGGGGUAGUUCCAUAGUUGCUGAAACUUGUGCAGGGUCGCAGGAUUCAGACAAUGUCAAGAGGCGGACGCGGCCAUUGGAAAAUAACCAAUCAGCGAAAGAACGACGUGCCAUAUCAUCAAUGCCUUUACCUAAUGUGGCAAGAUCUGAUAAUGGUUCUGAUUUAUUUUCGAAUGAUCUUAGUGUUGCGAUUCCAUCAUUUCAGCAUGGGGAUGGGGAGUUGCACAGUGCUCAGCAGUCUAUGGAUAUGGCAUGGAAUGUGAAUUCUGGCAUCAUUCCCAGCCCGAACCCCACUGCACCACGAAGCACAUGGCAUCGGAAUAAGAAUAACUCAUCAUCAUUUGGAUUGCCCUCACAUGGAUGGUCAGAUGGGAAGGAUUUUCUCAACAAUGGUUUGGGAAAUAGGACUAAGAAACCACGAACUCAGGUGUCUUACUUGUUGCCUUUUGGAGGUUUUGAUUAUAGCUCAAAGAGCAGAAAUGCUCACCCAAAAGGAAUUCCUUACAAGCGAAUUAGAAAGGCUAGCGAGAAGAGGCCGGAUGUUGCUAGAGGAUCCCAAAAAAACUUAGAAUUACUAUCAUGUGAUGCAAAUGUGUUAAUCACACUUGGUGACAGAGGGUGGAGGGAAUGUGGGGCAAGGGUGGUAUUAGAGGUCUUUGAGCAUAAUGAGUGGAAGCUUGCUGUGAAACUUUCAGGAAUUACCAAGUAUUCUUACAAGGCUCAUCAAUUUUUGCAACCUGGAUCUACAAAUCGGUAUACUCAUGUGAUGAUGUGGAAAGGAGGAAAGGAUUGGAUCUUGGAGUUUCCAGAUAGAAGCCAGUGGGCACUCUUCAAGGAGUUGCAUGAGGAGUGUUACAAUCGAAACAUUAGAGCAGCUUCAGUUAAGAAUAUUCCCAUCCCUGGAGUUAGUUUGAUAGAAGAAAAUGAUGAAAAUGUUGCAGAAAAUCCAUUUGUGCGGAAUCCUUCCAAGUACUUCCGGCAGGUGGAAACAGAUGUUGAAAUGGCUUUAAAUCCAAGCCGUGUAUUGUAUGACAUGGAUAGCGAUGAUGAGCAGUGGGUCAUGGAUAUUCAAACUUCUUCAGAAGUUGGCGGUAGUGGCUUGGGGGAGGUUUCAAGUGAGGUGUUCGAGAGGACAAUGGACGCAUUUGAGAAGGCUGCAUACGCUCAGCAACGUGUUGAGUUCACAGAUGAUGAGAUAGCAGAGGUGACGGAUGGAACUCUGGCAUCAGGCUUGACAAAAGUCAUAUUUGAGUAUUGGCAGCAGAAAAGGCGGCGGAAGGGAGUGCCUUUAAUUCGACAUCUUCAGCCGCCGCUUUGGGAAACAUACCAACAGCAAUUAAAAGAUUGGGAGUCUGCAGUCACCAAAAACAACAACAAUUACUGUAAUGGAUAUCAUGAGAAGGCUGCAUCAGUUGAGAAACCGCCCAUGUUCGCGUUCUGUUUGAAACCCCGAGGCCUGGAAGUCUCCAAUAAAGGUUCAAAGCAAAGGUCCCAUAGGAGGUUUUCAAUGUCUGGUCAGAGCAAUUCCAUCGCUUGUGAUCCGGAUGGAUUGCAUGGAUUUGGUAGAAGAUUGAAUGGGUUUGUUCUUGGGGAUGAUAAGAUGGCCUAUUUAGGCCAGAACUACGAGUUCUUGGAAGAUUCUCCUCUGAUUCACGCAUCUUCCAGUGUAUUUUCCCCGCGACUCGAAGGUGGCAUUUUGAGUAAUGACGGAUUGGAGAGGAAUUUUCUACCAAAACUUCACAAGAGCAAGUCCAGAAAGUAUGGGGCGUGGUCAUCUCCAUAUGACCCUAUGACGGCGUCUUCUUUCAAUCAGAGAAUGAUUGGAAAGAGAGAUGGGUUAAGCGGAUGGAAUAACGGUUUUUCCGAGUGGUCAAGCCCCCGACGAUACCACCUCGACGGAUCACAAAGGCAGAUCCUCGAACAGUUGGAAGGUUCCGAUCUUGAUGAGUUCAGGCUCCGCGAUGCAUCUGGUGCUGCACAGCACGCACGCAAUAUGGCUAAGCUUAAGAGAGAAAAGGCCAGACGGUUGCUAUACAGAGCAGACCUCGCAAUUCACAAGGCAGUGGUUGCUAUCAUGACUGCUGAAGCAAUCAAAGCAGCCUCUGAGGACGACUCCAACGGGGAUGGAUAGAGAAAGAAAAAGAAACAGAAGUGACGAUAACCCCAAAACCCGACAACCACAACUUCCUCCGAAAUCGCUUGAGCUCUCACCUGAUAAUACUACAUCCCAACGACAAGCGCAUUAGGUUCGACGAUUUUGUUAGCAAUGGGUUUUGUUUACUUUUGUCGACGGUACAGCCCUUUUUAUUUUUGAUUAUGUGCAGAUUCAAUAGCGAAGUUCUGACACGACAAGACGCGAUCGAGCCGUAAGCGAUUAAGAAAAAAAAUUUGUUGCUACAACAGCUUCCCAGAGCCACAAGGAAGCUUUUUAUUUUUUCUUUUUUAGGCCAGAAUGAUGAGAAGAACCUCUCAUUUUCAGUGCAAAAUAUUGUACUGAUAUCAGGUUUAUAGGGAGAGGGGGUGUAUGGAAUUCUUUAGGGUUGCCCAUAUUUGUACAGCUUUUUUUCCCCAUCUUUUUUUUUUCCUCACUUUUCCCCCUCCAUGUCUCCCAUUUUCCUCUCCUCCUUAACCUUCAGUUUCUAAAGUGUUCCAAUCCAUCCAUCAAAUGAGCAUCUAGCUUAAAUAAUACAACAUCUCUUCACUGCCAUUACAUUUUA